AUGGCAAAACUCACCGAUUAUGCCGACUACGAUGCCGGCCAAACGUUUGAGAAUGUACCAAGUCCACUGUCUGAUGCUUGGAAUCAUGACAACUACUAUGGCAGACGUCUUCGGACU